AUGGCCCUCGAGCGACCACGACAGACGCUGCUCCGUAUCCGCAGCGUCGUGGCGUCUCAUUGCCUCUCAUUAUGCUGGGGCAGCUACGUUUUGGGUCUAUUUUGGCUCCUUUUGCAUCCCGCAGUGACGAUCACAACCGGCGAACUCAAGUGUCGUAAUACGUACAUGUCCGAGAAUGCGCUGCUGGUCGACCUCAUGGAUGCCCGAAGUGACCACACAGAAGCUCGUGCAGCUCAUGAUAUGCAGCAGAAACUGCUCAGGCUGCCGGAUGUACCGUCUCGAGGCUGCGGAGACAACUGCUCAGCGGUUGUAAACUGGAUCGACGCCGAACUGCGGGGUCUAGACCGUGUAGAAGUGUAUCGUCAAGAGUUCCAGUUAGAUGCGACGUCUGCACCUCGGACGAACGUGUACGGCGUUCUACGGGCCUCGCCAUUGGCUGAUGGCAAGGAAGCGAUUGUGUUGGUGACGCACUAUUGUAACGUCGGUGCUGGUACUGGCGACUCCUCAGGAUUGUCCGUGGGACUUGCGUUGCUGAACUAUCUUGCCAAAGCAAAGUGGUUGGCGAAAGAUGUGAUUCUUUUGGCUGCUGACGACGGUGCGCUGGAUGGCAGUGACGGAUUUGCUUUCGGAACAGAAGCGUGGCUGCAAGCGUACCAUUUGGAUUCUGUUCAGAGCGACUUGCAAGAGGGCUUGCCCAUGCGUGCCGGUAUCAUACGUGCCGCGAUCAAUCUAGAAACAAUGCCGAGCUCGCAUCCGGUGGGGGCGGUUGGAAUCUAUGCAGCUGGCAUGAACGGUCAGCUUCCAAACCUGGAUCUCGUGAACACUGCAGUACGUGCAUUCCGCCGACACCGAAUUCCUACGGUUCUGGACCGUGCUAGUGUCCAGCAAGUGGAGGGACACGUGCACGAGAGCUACGUGUCAUCUGUGCUCAGCUGGAUGAAGUACGUUUGCAAGGAGUACGCUGGGGUGGGGCUGGAACAAGGUUUAUUGGCUUACUUGGACAACCUAAAAGGAAUGUUGCACUUCAUGACAACGCUCGCAUCAGGUUCUUCAGGUCCUCACGCGAACUCCAUUAGCUACAACAUCGACAGUGUCACACUCUCGCUGACAACGAGUCCGAAUGCAGGCGAUCGUCCGCUCUCUACUCGCGGGGUCCUCCGGUCAAUUGAGAUGGUGGUCCGUGCAGUGAGCAACAUCGAAGAGAAGCUGCACCAAUCGUUCUACCUCUACGUUCUCCCGAGCCCGUCGACUUUCGUAUCGGUGGGCGAGUAUUUCUAUGCACUGGCUUUGGCGAUCUCGCCCGCCAUUGCUCAUCUGCUGUAUGUGGCGACGAAAACCAGUGGAAUGCGCGUCGCGUUUGCGCUGGCCGUACUCCUCGUUGUUGAAACGCUUUGCGUGCUUCUUCUGAUUAUGGCCGGCAAAUACUACGCGACCCCGGCCGCGUCGCUGCAAGCACCCCGUCUGGACGACAAAGGUGCUAUCAGAUGGUGGGCUCUGACAAUCGCGAUUUCUUUCAUCCAAGCUUUCGUGGUUGCAGUGAUUGUGCCGGCAUUGCGCUCGGUGAGAAGCUUGUCAGGAUGUGUGGAAACGCAUGCUUGGGGGAAGCAAGUUGCGAGGUACGAAGUUGAGCAACAAAUGAAGCUAUCGGAAGAACCUGCGACUACUAGUGCGCGAGAAGCCGGGGACUAUGGUUCGAAUUUGGAUCCAGGCUGGCGCGCCAUCAAGUUUAUGACGAUGGCAGUGCUUGUGUACGCACAUUGUAUCCUGGGUAUUCUGAACUACCCGAUGGCAAUCUUCGGUGCACUUCCCAUGGCCCAUUUUGCCAGUAUCGUUCCUUUGACGACCGCAUCGCAGGCGACAAGGGUCUGGAACGGCCUUUGGCUCGCCAUAUCGUCUCCCCUCGUUCUCCUGGUUCUGCUCAGCUGGACUCGCAUGGACGCGAUAGCUGGUUUGUCCUACAUCGUGGACAGCUUUGCCCACCAUACCAAUCUGCUAGCGCUGCCGUACAUCUGCUGUAUCUACGCGUCCAUCCACACGCUGUCGCUUGCAAUAUGGCUGUAUCCUGCGCCGCAAGUCGCUUUGGUUUCAGAGGGAAAGUCGAAGAAAGAGUAG